AACAGUUGAAUUGAAAGGCUAAAGGCAAGAAAGAAGCAGUCACGUGGAUCCAGAGGAAGGACCUUUGCAGGAAGAGAGAGGCUGCUGAGCUGUGUGGUCCAGGAGCUGCAGACGGUUGACUGAGCCUUCUUUGUACUUGAUGCUAGGAGAGAGAGGUGCUCCCCUGGAGCCCAUCAUGGAUGCAAUGAAGUUCCAGGGCUAGGUCGGGGAGGGCCUGGCAGGCCAGCAGAAGUUCACUCGGGGCUCAAUGGGUAGCACUGGAGGUUUGCAAUGGGAGACCUGAACAAUGAGGGCUUUUCCCCUGGCUACUCUGCAAGGCAGAGGCUUUAAGGAGCAAGAAUAAAAAUGGAGAGCAAAAAUGGUGUAGCUGCCUGAAGGAGAAAAAGGUGAUGGGACCUUGAAGGGUCCUUAGUGAAGGACCGUGUGAACUAAUCCCGGGCUAUGCCUGGGAAGGUGGGAGAACAGUUUAUUUAUGGAGGAUGGAGACGAGGGAAGACAGCAUUCCAGGGGUGCCUCCUGGACUUCAAGCCUGACAUCGGUUAGAUGCAGUGGGGCAGGUGAAAAAACUGAGGAAGACUGGGAAACGAAUGGGGUUCCAUCUGGAGCAUAUGCUUGAGAUCCCAGCGAGACAGCCAUAGACCAGGCCACUGGAGGAAGAGACACAGAAUUGGACCUGGCGACACAGUGUUGUUGGGAAACACAGAUGUGUGCAGGGACCCGUGGUUUUACGAAACAGUCUCCGAGAAGAUGCAGAAAGGAAAGACACCAGAGUCGAAGACUGAGGCCCAGGGUAUGCCAACCGGUAGGUCUGAGAACAGCCACUUUUCUGACUUUAUGGACAAGCAAACUGGGUAUGUCACCAAGAACCUGCUGGCAGUCCCGAUUGUGAUGGGAAAGGAGGUCCUUGCUGUGGUCAUGGCAGUGAACAAAAUCAGCGCUCCUGAGUUUUCCAAGCAGGAUGAGGAGGUCUUUUCCAAGUACCUCGGCUUGGUUGCUGUUGCCCUAAGGCUGCAGCACACCAGCUACCUGUACAGUGUGGAGUCCCGGAGAAGCCAGAUCCUUAUGUGGUCGGCCAAUAAAGUAUUCGAAGAGCUCACCGAUGUUGAGCGACAGUUUCAUAAAGCACUGUACACCAUCAGAACAUACCUCAACUGCGAGCGCUACUCCAUUGGUCUUCUGGACAUGACCAAGGAGAAGGAAUUUUAUGAUGAGUGGCCAAUCAAGCUUGGAGAAGUUGAACCUUAUAAAGGACCAAAGACUCCAGAUGGCAGGGAAAUCAUCUUUUAUAAAGUCAUCGAUUACAUUCUACAUGGAAAAGAAGAGAUCAACGUGAUUCCGUCACCACCUGCAGACCACUGGACCCUCCUUAGUGGAUUGCCAACAUAUGUUGCUGAAAAUGGAUUCAUCUGCAACAUGCUGAACGCCCCUGCGGACGAGUACUUCACAUUUCAGAAAGGACCAGUAGAUGAAACUGGCUGGGUCAUUAAAAACGUCUUGUCCCUGCCUAUCGUCAACAAGAAAGAAGACAUUGUGGGAGUGGCUACAUUUUACAACAGGAAGGAUGGGAAACCCUUUGAUGAGCAUGACGAGCACAUCACUGAGACGUUAACCCAGUUUCUUGGAUGGUCUCUUUUAAACACUGAUACCUAUGAGAGAGUGAAUAAACUGGAAAGCAGGAAGGACCUUGCUCAGGAAAUGAUCAUGAGCCGCACAAAAGCCACCUCCGAUGAAAUCGGGUCUAUUUUGAAAUUCAAAGAGAAGUUACAUGUGAAUGCAAUUGAAGAGUGUGAUGAGAGACAGCUCCUGGCCCUAUUGAAGGAGGACUUGCCGGACCCGAGCGCAGCAGACCUGUAUGAGUUCUGUUUCAGCGACUUCCCGGUUACAGAGCACGAGCUGGUUAAAUGCGGGCUGCGGCUGUUCUUUGAGAUAAAUGCGGUGGAGAAAUUCAAAGUGCCAGUAGAGGUUCUUACGAGGUGGAUGUACACAGUGCGGAAAGGGUACCGCCCUGUCACCUACCACAACUGGCGGCACGGAUUCAAUGUGGGGCAGACCAUGUUCACCUUGCUGAUGACAGGGAGACUAAAGAAAUACUACACAGACCUUGAAGCGUUUGCCAUGCUCGCUGCUGCGUUCUGCCACGACAUCGACCACCGAGGCACCAAUAAUCUGUACCAAAUGAAGUCCACAUCUCCACUUGCAAAGCUUCAUGGGACUUCUAUUUUAGAGCGACAUCACCUGGAAUAUAGCAAGACUCUCUUGCAGGAUGAGAGUUUAAACAUCUUCCAGAAUCUAAACAAGCGGCAGUUUGAAACAGUGAUCCAUUUGUUUGAAGUUGCAAUAAUAGCAACUGACCUGGCUUUGUAUUUCAAGAAGAGGACCAUGUUUCAAAAGAUUGUUGAUGCCUGUGAACACAUGCAAAGUGAAGAGGAAACCGUCAAAUAUGUAACUUCUGACCCAACCAAAAAGGAGGUCAUUAUGGCCAUGAUGAUGACUGCCUGUGACCUGUCUGCCAUCACCAAGCCUUGGGAGGUGCAGAGCCAGGUGGCACUUCUGGUGGCAAAUGAAUUCUGGGAACAAGGUGACUUGGAAAGAACAGUGCUGCAGCAGCAACCAAUUCCCAUGAUGGACAGAAACAAAAAAGACGAACUCCCCAAACUUCAAGUGGGAUUUAUUGAUUUUGUUUGUACUUUUGUAUAUAAGGAGUUCUCGCGGUUUCACAAAGAGAUCACCCCCAUGCUGGACGGCCUUCAGAAUAACAGAGCGGAAUGGAAAUCACUGGCGGAGGAAUAUGAGGCGAAGGUGAGGGUGACCGAAGAGCAGGUGGGAAAGCAGGAAGAAGGAGCAGUGGAUGGAAAAGCGGUCACAGAUUCAGGAGGUGGCACUGAAGACAGAAAGUCCAAGACAUGCUUAAUGUUAUAAUAUAAUCCAGCUGGUCUCUAUCGCAAGUGUCAUCUUAGUCUCCGAGAAAAAACCUUCAAAAGACCCUCUCUGAAUUCAGUUCAGUAGCCCUGGAGUAACGACGAUUUCUAGAGACACUGCCAUGUGACUAUCCACAGAGUAUCUACUGCUGACCUAGAAACCCCGUGAGCUAAAUAAAGUUCAAUCAAGGAACAAACUAUGACAAAAAAUGCAUUUUAUGCCAGUUUGUUUUAAAUUAAAAAUAUGCUCUCUUGAAAUGAGUCA